AUCGAUGCCUUCAAUCCGAAAGCUGUUACAUCUGCUGCGGCUAAGGAAACAGCGCUAGCGGCUGCCCGGCGUGCCGGCGGUGGCAGCGGGGAGGCUGGCGCCAGCGGGGGCAGCAGCCGCACCCGUGCUAAGGCGCUUGCCCGGAAGCGCAAGCGGCUCAGCGCGGCUGCUGCUGCUGGCCAGGAUUCAGAGGAGGAGGGUGAGCCCGAUAUUGCGCUGUUUGCGGGCGGUGAGGGCCGCAGCGGCAGCGAGCAGGAGGAGGAGCAGGAGCAGCAUGAGGAGGAGGAGGAGGAGGACGGAGAGGAGGAGGGCAGCGAUGGCGAGGGGAGUGAGGGCGAGGACGAAGAGGAGGAGGAUGGUGGCAGCAUUGGAGACGACGACGGGGAGGAAGACGGCGGGGAUGAGGACGAAGAGGAGGAGGAUAGUGAAGGGGAGGGGGGCGGCCGGCGGCGAAAGGGCGGUGCGGAGCCGGAUGCAGCAGUGGCUCGGCGGGGCGGCAGCGGCGUCGCCACGACAUCAGGGCGGCAGUUGGCGGAUCUGGGACCGUUGGUGGAUGACGUCAUCCCCGCCGUACAAACCAACGACCCCCAGGAGGAGGCCAACCUGAUUCGGAAGGCCCUGCGCAUCAAGGUGAGCGGCACCGACGUGCCCGCCCCCCUCAAGAGCUUUGCGGAGCUGGUCACCAGGUACAAGGUGAGCCGGCGGCUGGUUUCCUCUCUUCAGCGGGGCGGCUUCCCUGCGCCCACCCCCAUCCAGCGGCAGGCCAUUCCCGCGCUGCUGGAGGGGCGGGAGCUGCUGGCGGUGGCGCCCACGGG